UAUAAUCUGUGCCGGUGGCUUAAAAAGUCAGCUGUUGACAGAUGAGUGAUGAAUUCGUAUUUUGAUGGUGAACUGGUAAAUUAGUGAAAUAGUUAAUAGUUUAAAUAAAUUACGUAGUAAUGGCUGAAAUACAGACUCUUAUCGAAAUGGGAUUCUCGAAAGACCGGGCUGAGAAAGCCUUGGCGGUGACGAACUAUAAGGGGGUAGAGCCAGCGAUGGAGUGGCUGCUGGCGCAUGCUGAUGACCCUGCAAUGGACACUGGUGCGACGAUUGGUACUUCAUCGAGCAUGGAGGCUACACCGGCCCCAGUCGCGGAAUCAUCCACUUCAUCUCAGACCCCAGCCGGUGCUGAGCCGGAACCCGAAGCGAAGUCAUUUAAAUGCGAUGUUUGCGGCAAAUUGCUCAAGAAUCAGGAUGAAAUGGAGUACCACGCCGCGAAGACUGAUCACAGUAGCUUCUCUGAGUCGACUGAAGAGAAGAAACCUCUGACUGAGGAGGAAAAGAAGGCUCAACUGAUGCUGCUCGAGGAGAGAAUGAAACAGAAACGGAAAGAGAGAGAAGAAAAGGAAAAGGCUGAAGCGUUAGAACGAGAACGCAUCCGUAUCAAGUCUGGAAAAGAGAUGCAGGAUGCUCGCCAGCGGCUCCAGGAGCAGGAGAUGCAGAAACUGGUGGAACAGCGACGACGUGAGAAGUUAGAGGAUCAGAAGGCCAGGGAACGAGUCCGUGCUCAGAUAGAAGCAGAUAAACAGGCUCGGAAGUUAGCAGCAGGCGGCCAGCCUCCAGUAGUAGUGGCCCCUGCAGCCGUGGUGCCCCCGCCCAGUGCUCCGGCCCCUAAAGUGGCAUACGAUCAGGCACGCAUACAGAUCCGACUGCCCGAUGGCAAGGCACUCGCACACACAUUCGGUGCUAAGGAACAACUUGCUGCAGUCAGACUGUAUCUACAAAUGAACGCUGCUGAGUACGCCCAACAGGACAGUUUCAAGAUGAUGACCACAUUCCCUAAGAAAAUCUUCACCUCAGAGGACUAUGACAAACCUUUGGAUUUAUUAGGUCUGGUACCGUCAGCAGUGAUUAUAGUGUCGCGGGGACCUCAGUGAGCAGCCAAAUAAUUAAUAAUAAAUUAAUAAGUGAUAUGCCGACAGUACCGAUGUCAGUUUAUUCUCUGCAAAGGGUGAGGGGAGGCACAAAACUUCAAUUAAUUCAUUCUCAAAGACUUGCUGGAAAUAAAGUCUGUGUUCUGUA